AUGUACUUGUCCAGUGCACAAGCAGCCAAAGAUAGCAGCCUAAUGGCACCUCACUGGCACCAUCCGGGUUUGAGCCCAGCCUUGACAUCCUGGAGAAAUCCGUGGGGCACUGGACUCUGCCUGUCCAGCUGCAGAGGACAACUGUGCGAAUCCACAGAUUCUGGAGAGAGUACUGAGGAGAUGCAAUGUGAUCGCCUGGGUUUCGUGGUGCCUUCAGGAAAGGAAGCCUGUGAUGAAGCAGCUCAAACAUCAUCACCAGCUGACAAGGAGGCUUCAGAAACUGGCACCUUAGAAUGGCCAGUUGAGAAAGGCAGAGGCCUGCGCCAGGUGGUCCUCCCUCAUGAUUUGUGCGAUAAAUUCCUCACUGCAGCAGGAAUGAACACCAAGAAAAAAAUAGAGACAUGUGGUGUUCUAUGUGGAGCCCUGGUUGGAGAGGAAUAUCACAUCAGCCAUAUCCUCAUUCCUGUCCAGGAAGGAGGCCCAGAUUAUUGCUGUGCAAAGCAUGAGGAGGACCUCUUCUUUAUUCAAGAAGGACUGGGACUUAUUACAUUAGGAUGGAUACAUACCCAUCCAACCCAGACAGCCUUUUUGUCAAGUGUAGAUCUACACACACAUUUUGCAUACCAAACGAUGCUCCCUGAAUCCAUAGCUGUGGUGUGUGCUCCCAAGUAUAAACAAACUGGAAUUUUCACACUGACACCUAUUGGACUACAAGAAAUAUCUGAUUGUCCACGGAGAGGGUUCCACACCCACAGACAGGACACAGCUCUCUUCUGUGACUGCAGUCAUGUCACCACCCGGAACUUCAUGGUGACUGUCACAGAUUUGAGAUGA